CAGGGCGCCGCCGCCGCCGGUUUGUCUCCCCUUUCGCUCAGCCGCCUCCUUUCAACCUUGUCCACUCCUCGGCGCGGCCUCUAGCGUGCCCGCGGCUUCGGUUCCUGCCGUGGGUCCCCUCCUCCCUCCCUGCCCAGCGGCUCCCCAGGCUGUCCGCCAUGGCCUUACUCACUGCGGCCGCCCGGCUCCUUGGGGCCAAGAAUGCAUCCUGUAUUGUUCUUGCUGCCCGACAUGCCAGUGCUUCCACAAAUCUGAAGGACGUCCUCAGCAACAUGAUCCCUAAGGAACAAACUAGAAUCAAGACUUUCAGGCAGCAGCACGGCAAGGAUGUAGUGGGGCAAAUCACUGUGGACAUGAUGUAUGGUGGCAUGAGGGGAAUGAAAGGAUUAAUAUACGAGACGUCAGUUCUGGAUCCUGAAGAGGGUAUCCGUUUCCGUGGCUACAGCAUCCCAGAGUGCCAGAAGUUGCUCCCCAAGGCCAAAGGAGGGGAAGAACCCCUUCCCGAGGGUUUAUUCUGGCUGCUGGUGACUGGCCAGAUUCCGAAUGAGGAACAGGUGAGCUGGCUCUCCAGAGAGUGGGCAAAACGAGCGGCUCUGCCCUCCCAUGUGGUCACCAUGUUGGACAACUUCCCUACUAAUCUGCAUCCCAUGUCUCAGCUGAGCGCAGCAGUCACUGCUCUCAAUAGUGAAAGUAACUUCGCCCGGGGAUAUGCCGAAGGCAUCAGUCGGGCCAAAUACUGGGAGCUGAUUUAUGAGGACUGCAUGGAUCUCGUUGCCAAGCUGCCUUGUGUCGCAGCAAAGAUCUACCGGAAUCUAUAUCGAGAGGGCAGCAGCAUUGGGGCCAUCGACACCAAACUUGACUGGUCUCAUAACUUCACCAACAUGUUGGGCUACACUAAUGCCCAGUUCACUGAGCUUAUGCGCUUAUACCUCACAAUCCACAGUGACCAUGAGGGUGGCAACGUAAGUGCCCACACCAGUCAUCUGGUGGGCAGUGCCCUUUCAGAUCCCUACCUGUCCUUUGCAGCAGCCAUGAAUGGACUGGCUGGGCCCCUCCAUGGGCUAGCCAAUCAGGAGGUACUAGUCUGGCUGACGCAGUUGCAGAAAGAAGUUGGCAAAGAUGUGUCUGAUGAAAAGCUGCGUGAAUACAUCUGGAACACGCUCAACUCAGGCAGGGUGGUCCCUGGCUAUGGCCAUGCUGUACUAAGAAAAACCGAUCCACGGUAUACCUGUCAGCGGGAAUUUGCCCUGAAACAUCUACCAAAUGACCCCAUGUUUAAGCUGGUGGCUCAGCUGUAUAAGAUUGUACCGAAUGUACUUUUGGAACAAGGCAAAGCGAAGAACCCUUGGCCUAAUGUAGAUGCCCACAGUGGGGUGCUUCUGCAGUACUACGGCAUGACAGAGAUGAAUUACUACACGGUUCUCUUUGGGGUUUCACGGGCACUGGGGGUGCUGGCACAGCUCAUUUGGAGCAGAGCCCUGGGCUUUCCCCUAGAGAGGCCCAAGUCUAUGAGUACAGAUGGCUUGAUGAAGUUUGUAAGCUCCAAGUCUGGGUAAAGACAGGAACUGGGCAGAGUGGGGAAGGGGAAGAGAAUGCCUACCAGAAUGAGGGGACUAAAAGAGACAGUAUAUACUUUUUUGUUUUUGUUUCAGGGGGCCUUUAAAGAUUUUUAGGAUUAAAUUAUAUAUGACGCACUGACACUAAGUUUGAGGUUAUUUAAAGUAUAAAUUCAGAUUUUUUUUAAAAGGCAAAGAUGAGACUAUGUUUCCUAACUAGUCCCCCUCCCCUGCCCACUGUAGGAGUUGCCCCUUGACCAUAGUUUGAACAAGACUAAUAGAGAUCUGGGCGAGGAUGGGCCCCCUGCCUCAUCUAGAGUGGAAAUCUAGCGCAUGCCCUGCCCCAACAGGGUCCAUGCUGGUUACAGGGAAUCUGAAUUCACUUCUUUACUUUGGAGAUUUAGGGUUGUUUUACUUAGUUCAAACCCCUCCACACCCACCCAAACUCCUCCCUACCAGUAGGCCAAAAACCAGAACUCUGCCCCCAAAGUCACUUUUCCAUAGGAAUCAUGUUGGAUUGCAGCCCCAAACCCACCCCAAACUAGACACACAGCCACACACAUCAAGAGCUGAGCUGUUCACUGUCUGGACAUGGUUUGGAACCCUCUGCCACCAGAUGAACAGAGGCAAUGGCAGCCAUUAAGAUUGGCACCCAGAAGAGGUGGUCUUGGGAAACCUCAUGUCUCACUAUUUUAAAGGAACUACUUUAGUGCAGACUUUAUGUCCUUGGCGACUCCCUAGGCUGGAAGAGCUUUGGAAGAAUUAUAUUGGGGAUUUCCCUUACCCUUAGUUUUGUACAUACCACUGGUUUGGGCCUCUUCCUCUGUCAGUCUUUCUGGUGUGGUGUCCCCCCCCCCCCCACCUUUUAAUAUUUACAUCUGGACAUAAUCUAACCACUAUACACUUCCCACCCCCCAUACAUUUUCUCUGGGUUGAAAAGAGUGGGGGUGCCUACAAAUGGCAUAGCAUGCUGUCUUCAUAAUAUGGCCAAAGGGAUAAUCCUUUUGUUUUUUUAAACUUGGAAGUGAGAAUGACUUAAAAAUGGAUUUCAUCUUGUUAAUAUUAGACCCCAGGGCUUAGGGCAUUAUUAAUAUAAAUAAUUCACAACCCCCCCCCCAAAUCCCUCAAAAUUAUUUAUCCCAGUUCUGCCCCCCCACUGCCAACAGUUCAUUGUUUAGAGCCCCAUUUGCACAGGUUUUUCAGUGAUUCAGAAUGCUCUGCUGCCUCUUCUUUGAGAAAGAACUGAAAUACACUCCUCUCACUGUGUCCCCUCAUCCAACUCCUCCAAUCCUGCCUGUGUUUGUGUGGAUCCCCUGCCCCUAGAACCAAGCUGUUGAGAUGGACACACUGUCUAUGAACCCCUGGGUAACUGUCAAGAGUCCUGUUGCAGACUUCAGGUUGUUCUGUAUAAAAUGCAAAAUAAAUGUUUUUAUUAACAAA